GUGCAUGAUAUGCCCUGGUGGAGGGAUGGCUCGUUUUGUGUGCAAGGGUGGUGGGGGAAGAAAUAUUCUCUAGGCGAGAGCCACCAGGCCACUGCCACCAGGUAAGCGAGUGAGUGAAACACUAGUGGGGCUGACUCGCGCGAGUCUCUGUGUUCGCUGAGAGGUACCAGCGGUUAAGUUUAAAAAUCGAAAAGAGGAGAGAAAAAAAUUUUUUUUUGUGAUUAGCAAUUUUUUUAUGUGAUUGUGCGACAGUUGGGAGACGACUCCUGGAGGUCCCGUCCAGCGAAUUUGCCGGUCAAUUGGCAUUUGGAUUUUUUUUUCGUGUCGCGGGUGGUCGGUGACUCGGGGGAGCGGAUUUGGCGGUGAAUCGGCGACUGGAUUUUAUUUUUUUUUUUGGGGGUGUCCUACCGAUCGCCAUCGAGGGAUGCGAGGUGAUGAAGCUGGCACACAUCCAGCGACAAUCGGGAAGUCGAUGUGCGAGGAUUGAGGGAAAUUCGGUGGAGAUCGAUUGGAGAAUCGACCUCGCGGGUGAUAAGGGCAUCGAGGAUUUUUUGUUUAUCAACGGUGGAUUUAUUUAUUUAGUGAGUGUUGCACACGUGUGGAAUUGUUUGAUCAGUGGAUAGUGUCCGGGGAAAGUAUCGGUGAUCAAUCGUUAAACUCAAUGACUAGACGAUAUGAGAUACUGUCGGGGAGGGGGGAUAAUUUACACGAGUUUGAAAAUAAAUAAUCGCGAGUGAUGAACAGAUGUUAUUAGCGUUGUACUUGUUGAGUGGGGGUACAUAUUAAAUUGGGAUUUGAGGGUAGUCCUGGAUUUUGGUAUCAUUUACAGUGAUAUUUGACGGGUCUCUGGGGGUGAUGCCAAAGACGGGUGGUCAGGGUGGGCUGUGAGGUUUUUCAUAAGCAGACACGAAGGCCAGCCCGACGCAAUGCGUCGACGCUGCUGACGCAACGCGCCUGGAUGCGUCUCACUCUAAGCACGUUACCACAGCUUGCCGUCUUAGCGAAGAUUUUGUGCCUCCUGAUGGUAGUGAUGUGCGGGGCUGUACCGGCAAUGGUGCGCUCCGUGAGUCUCUACUCGACUUGCAGCAGCGGCAAUAUCACCGUGUUGGGACGCAACGUCAAGGCCGUGGCGCGGGAUGAAUUCAACGCCGCUUAUCAGAAACUAUCGACACAGUCGGACGACUUCAGUAAGAAGUUGUACAUAUAUGCUGAGAAAUCGCAACGGUAUAUUUGUUUUAAUAAACGCUGGAAAUUAGUGGCUUUGCCAAAAAAACAGAGAGACGCAAUGUGCCAGUUCUAUGAGUCAUAUCAUGGCUCGUACUUGAGGUACAACAGUGCUGUAGACACCACAAAAUACCUCGGCUUCAACAAAUAUGGAAAGCCGAUAAAAGGCCAACGAAUCCGGCAACAAUGUUUCAAUUUCAUGAAAUACAAUCCAAGCUUCAGUAUUUCUGUUCACAAUGAGCUGAUGAACAAGGGAUCGAGCGAUCACACGAUCAAGAUCACGAAGAAACAUCACCAGAGCCAUCAGUCCCACAGAGGAACCGGUCACAGGGCCAAGAAAAAUUCCCUACAGUUGGACGGAUUGACGAGAGAAACAACGACACAUCGUCACCGACACUCGAAUCGUCUCAAGUCACACGACGAAUUUACAAUUCCCCGGAGACGACAUCAGAGCCGCCAUCUGGAGGCUAGCAAAUAUUGAGCUGAAUCUACUUGAAGAAAACAAAAAUUCCUUCAAAUUCAUUCUUUUCCGAUAUUAUUUUUGGCUCGAUCAUCAAGACUGUCUCACACACGUGAGGAAAUAACAAAUAUUAAAUGUUAUUCCACGAGGAAUGGCGCUAGACCAACCCCUCCCUCCACCCCUGGCCCCAUCACCCAUCCCUAUUUCCCACCGUCCCUCCCUCACUCCCCUCCCAAUGCCCUUUAUUCAGAGUCGAAUUUUUAACUGAUGUGAAAUCGUUGAUUAUACCCCCCUGGAGGGGAUCACGGGCCCCCGUAUGCGCAGUAAACCCCCUCCCACCCCUCCUCCGAUGAAAAAUGACGACGAGUCACGCACAAGCGCCCAGUAAAAAAAUCUCGAUCGCAUUCUAUUUAAUGAGGAAUUUAAAAGUAGAAAAAUACAAAUAAUUCGCCUGCGCAAUACCGCCUACUUAGUCUAUAUGUAUGUUCCAUAUGUGUUUGAGAGCUCGUCUGAUGUGUGCGCGUAGUGAAUCCUCGGGGGGUGAGAGCCGGGAAGAUCAAUCGUACAUUGAGAAUUUGUUUUUUUUUAUUUAUUGAAUUUUGAGACGCCUUGGGAGUGAGAAAAACUACAGAAAUAGCCGGAAAAUAUGGGACAUGAGAUGCGCGCCGCCAUUUUGAAAGCACGCGGUGGUAGACAAAAUGGCGGCCAAGUGGAUCGACAGCUUCGCGGGUUUGUACACAUUUUAAAAUUAUUUGUCUCUUUUUUUUCUGACUAUUCUUUGGGAGUGAAUAAUUUUUUAGAUAUAUUUUGGAUUGUUUUUCGUAUUUUUGCAGUUUUUUCCACGCCCUCCUGGCACUUUUGUUUCAAACCGAGUCUUGAUGAUCGCGAGGUGAUUCCCGGUCGCCUGCCCGCGGUGCGCGAAAGUAUUUUUUAAUUUUUCUAUUGGAGAUGAAGGAUGAAAGGCCCCGAUGUGGGGUAAGCGAACUCGAUGAUAGACUGGACGUCAGGUAAUUUUUAUCGUUUAAUGGAGCGAAGAAUUUAUUAAACGUGUGUGAAUGGAUAUAUAUAAUAAUGAAAGAAAGUAUUCGUGUGAGUGGAAUUUUUUCGAUCGAGUGCGAGUCUGUGUAAUAUAAAAAAUAAAUAAAUAAAUGAAACAAUAGUCGUAAUGAAAAUUUAAUCCUUAGGAUGCUAUUGCAGACUGUAUUAUUAGGUUAGGCACAACACGGAUUAUGACGCAAUGGCGACUCGGCGAAGAGAAAUUAUUACGAAUAUAACGCAGAGGAGAAAUUACGAAUUGACAUUUUUUUCUUGAGAACAACCGUUUUACCGCAAUUGUUGUAAAACAAUGAAAAACGUCAAUACACUUUAUCAUUUCUCGAUAUAAAGACAGAUCGUUCCUAUCAUUCAAUUCUCAAAAAUAAAUUAUUAUUUAUUUAUGAAAAAAACCUCUAGCAGAUUUUCUUUUCCAUUCCUCAAUAAUAAAAUAGACAUCGAGAUUCCAUUGUUUACUACUGCAUUCAUUUGAUAAAAAUAUCUCAAUUCGAUUAAGUCUUCAUCUCAGCGGUGAAAUUAUUAAUAAAAUUGACUCGCCAGUGUCGUCUCUGGAGCAUUAGUAAUUUUUAUGAAUUUUGUGUACCCUCUUCGAAGGAACCCAAAUACACAGUGCCAUGGAUAGAAAAAAAAAUUGUGUAAAAUAAAUUCGAAACCAGAUGAGUAAGAAAAAUAUUCAGUGCGCACACCGGACCACUGUCACCGCCAUUUCUUCUCGCAGGGUCGCCAUCUUGAGAAGCGCCCGAACCCUUCCAAAAAAAAUGAAAGAAUAAUUGAGUGGAGUUUAUUGGCGACGAUUCGCUUGUUAGGUAGCUUAUUUAUUGAAAUCAUGUUUAGGUAUCGUGAGAUGAAAAAAAUAAAUUCCUUUCUUUUUUCUCGUACUUCUGCACACGAAUCGGUUGUUCUGGAGACAUUGAUCAUUUGUUCUCUCCUUGCCUGGCUUUGCAAUUGCCUUCUGUCCUUGGAUUUUGCAUUUUUUGGGAACUCCUAUUUCCUAUUAAACUUUCCCACGUUUUUUAUUUAUAAAUUUGAUAAAAUAAUCCGUGGAAAUCAUAAUUCUCCAUUUCUGAUCAUUCCCGGAAUCACAAGGAAGCAUUCAAUUAUUUUUUGCAUUUUCCCAUUCCGUAAAAUGAAAAAUAUCGAAGGAAAACCCAAAAUAAAAUACUUCGACUCCUCAAUUUCUCAGUGAACCCGUUGAAUCUGAAAAUACUCAAAUAUGCGCUUUAACAUAUUAAUUUCUCAUACUUCAGUGGUCUCCGGCCGGUGCGAUAUUCGAAUUGUAAACGAAUAAAAAAAAGAGAGCAAAGAACGACAAACAUUGACCAUUGAAAAAUUGAAUAAUAAAAUUGGUAAAUAAUAACGUAAAUUCGACGCUUAUAAUUUAAUAACAGACAAAUAAUAUAACAUGUAAUGUAUUGUAUUUGUAAUAUGGUAUUGUAACGCCAACCUCUAAAAAUAAAAUUACUCAUUUUUUUUAUUUUUUCAUUUUUUUCUGUUUUAAUAAAUCCGAAUGCAGAAUCAAAUGAGGCGCUGGAAGAAACCCUUGAUUCUCCACACAAUUAAAAAAUUCAGUGUCAGAGCCUUCAAUUAUCAUUUUUCACUCUCGAAAAUCUAACAGAAGAAUUUUUUUUUAAUUGUACUCUCGAUAAAGACAUUAAUCAUCUAAAUCAUAAAAUGGAUAUUUUUUCAACCCGUAAAAUUGAUGAAAUAUUCAUUGCAUAUGUCCCCCUCAGUUACCAGUCCCCCCAGCGACUCAACACCGCACGAAGAGAAUUAUUUAUAAAAAUUAUGAUACAGUUCCAUUCGCUGUUAUCUGCAUAAAUUGGACUGGAAGAACAAUAGUAUUAUACUCCUUGGUCUCGUACACUUCCAUGGACCGGUCUCAUAAUAUUUAUAAAAAAUUUCUCGCCGUCUGAUAGCCACCCCCAAUUCCCCAAAAACUUUAUUCCCCAAAAUCCGCGACGAAUGACACAGUAAACCUCCCGAUCACAAGAGAACAACAAAAGCCGAAGGAAAAAGAAAAGCAAAAGAUGAAUGUGACAACCCUAGAUAGAUAUACAUAACAAAUAAUAUAAAAUAAAGAAUAAAUAAAAACUAAAGUAUAAAUAUUAUAUAUAAAUAAAUAUAUGAAAGACGAUGUGUAUUGUAAGAUAUUUAAUACCGAAAAAUUGUUAGGCACACUCAAAAUAACAAAUAUUAAAAUGAGAAUGAUGGAUGAAUCUUUGAGAGUGAUAACAAUUGUCAAGUGAUUGAUGAAAUGAGAAUAGCAAUGAUUGAGGGACUGUCCAAGUUACGUUUGCUCGGACAACAGGGGGCGCUGCCUCUGCUGUGGAGGGUAAAAAGGGAGAUCUGAGGUGAAAAUAAAGUGUGAAAAAUAUAACAAAAAAAUCUGAAUGUUGCUCUCGACACUAUUCGCGUUGUAAAACAUAGAGACAUACUCCCGUUAUCCACUAAAUCGAUGUGUUGAUGUAAACGAACGUGCUGCAGUCGUUGAGGCAAAGAAAUAAUCAGAAGUACAAUUUGACGAUAAGAAUUUGUUUUCUGAUCGAAGAGAUUUAAAUUCUGAUCGAAAACGCGACGAGAUUGUUUAUUGUAUUGCCUCAUUCGCAUUAUCAUUUUGUUGUACAGAUUUAUUUCAUUGAAGACGCCUCAAUUGCUUCUAUUUAUUUAUUCCUAACGAUUUAGUUUUUUAAUUCUCUUUGUGCGAGGAAAUCUUGAUUACAUGGUAGUUUAUUGGAAAUUAAAUAAUUGGUAAAUUCAUCUCGUCGAGUUGUCGAAAAAAUUGUAUUUUCUCUGGGAGAAAUGAGAACUGUUGAUCUCUAGGAAAAAUGACCCUGACUGAUUCCUAUAAAAAUUCAGGCACUUGAAUAUGAGAAAGUGAGAUAUCACUUUUAGUGGACGGUACAUUUUUCAAAAAGGAAAGCCAUUUGCCACGACUAUUGCACGCUCGCCAGCAGCUAGCAAUAAAAAAAGGCAUUCCAACUUAAAUGAAAAAAAAAAAUCACAUUCAUAACUGCGAAUUCUAUAAGUGUGUGCGCUGCAAAUACGAGAGAGAAGGAAACACUGUCAAAUACACGCUCAUACACUGCUAAAA